UAGAUUUUAAUGAAAAGUCAAAUCUGAAACAAUUUCCUGGAAUUAAAAAAAAAAAAGUGUCUGUUUAUGUAUAGCGUAAGCGGUUCAGUUUAUAUUUCGUCAACAUGGAAGAAUGAUCCUCUUGACUGAAUGAACGGAUUUAUUUUACAGAACAGAAAGUGGUAAAGAUCUAAUUAUAAUCAGUGAAUAAGUUAUACAAAGUGAAAUAUGGGAGACAGACCUCAUUCUCCGCUAUCUGUGUCUUGUGUGCGAGCCCUAAACGACAAAUUGUACGAAAAAAGGAAAAUUGCCGCACAAGAAAUUGAUAAAAUGGUCAAAGAAUUUUUGGCUCAAAACAACACUGCUCAGAUACGAAAACUCCUACGUGUCCUUGGUGAAGAUUUUUCUGUCUCACAUAAUUUAAAUACCAGGAAAGGUGGUUUAAUGGGCUUGGCAGCCACUGCCAUUGGUCUUGGAAAGGAAUCUGAUAAAUACGUCAGUGGACUUGUAAAACCAGUGCUGGCUUGCUUCCACGAUCAAGACAGUGGUGUCCGUUACUAUGCCUGUGAGGCUCUGUAUAAUAUUGUCAAAGUCUGUAGAGGUUCUGUGUUACCAUACUUCAAUGACAUUUUCAAUGGAUUGAGCAAGUUGACUGCUGAUCCUGACCAGCAUGUCAAGAAUGGCACAGAACUACUUGAUCGCUUAAUAAAGGAUAUCGUCACUGAAAGUGCUUCAUUCGAUUUAGUUGCUUUUAUUCCAUUGUUGAGAGAACGUAUUUAUACAACAAAUACAUUCGCCCGCCAGUUUGUCGUGUCAUGGGUAAGUAAGAUAUAUAUAUAUUUUCAAAAUUUAUUGAAACGAAGUUGGUGUAUUUCAAUUAAAGGUUGUGAGAAUGUGUUUAAUUCAUUUUUAUCUGGCAUACGGAAGUCCAAAAAUGGUGUUAACUUUCAUGGCAUGGGUAACAUACUCAUUGUUCACAGUCAAAGUUCAGAGGAUUUAAUUCAACAUAUUGCCCUGACCUGGCUUCAUGAAUUCGUUAUGUUGUCUGGAAGAACAAUGCUACCAUUUGCAUCAGGAAUCAUCAAUGCCACUUUGCCAUGUUUAGCAUAUAGUGACACUUCACAAAGACAAAACAGAGUCAAAGAAGCAGCAAAGCUUCUAAAUACACGGAUGAUGCAGAUAGUAGAUUCUAGGGAUGACCAACUCCCAGCCAGCAGCAAGAGUUCUGAUGCCUCUGUUACGACUAGUCCAGAAUCUGGUGAAAUAUCCAAAGAAUCCGGUGAUCUUCGUGAUGAGCAGUUGGAUAUUGCUUCCGUAAUUAGUGUUCUCUGCCAGAUGUUAACACACAACUCUAUUCAAACAAGGAUUGCUGCUCUACAAUGGUUCGGUCAUCUUUUAAAUAAAAUUCCUAUAAAGACAUUCCAGUAUAUUGAUGACUUUUUCCCUUUAUUCCUUCAAACCCUGAAAGACCCUUCUGAUGAGGUUGUACUUCUUGAUCUUGAAGCUCUUGCUGAAAUUUCGUCCAAUCCAGCUGGCAAACAAGCAAAACCCAGUAACAGCACUGAAACAUCCAGGAAUGAAGACAAGAGUGCUAACACAAAGGUCCUCACUAGUCUUAAUCACUACUUUGAUAAAUUCAUGAGAGAACUCAUUCAAUUGUUUCAUCGUGAACAAAACCUGCUGGAAGAAAAAGGGACCUUUAUACUACGACAACUGGCGUUGCAGCUAAAUGCAGAAGACAUCUAUAGAACGCUGUCUGAAAUACUAAUGCAAGAAGAGGAUGCAUCCUUUGCGUGCAUCAUGGUGCAAACACUCAACACUAUUUUACUCACAUCAACCGAACUCUUUGAGUUGCGGAACCAGCUUAAAGAUUUAAAAACACCGGAGAGCUGUUCCCUUUUCACUUGCCUCUACAAAUCCUGGUGUCAUGGUCCUGUAGCCACUGUAUCACUCUGUUAUCUCACACAGAACUACGAGCAUGCCUGUGAUCUUCUAGAAACAUUUGUGAAACCAAUUGAUUUGCGUCUUCAGAUGCUUGAGGCUGAGAACAAUCAGUAUUUAGUCAAAAGUCUGUAUGGAAUUCUUAUGCUACUACCACAGUCGGAAGCUUUUCGAAUCCUGCAAGCUCGUCUACAGUGCAUUCCUAACUUUCAUCUGACUCCAGUAAACAGACGGUAAGUCAUUCAAAACA